AGAUUCGCGGCAGCCGCGUCGCGUCAGUCCGCGAACGCGCCCGCGCACUGCCGCCGCGCCGCGAGCGCUCCGGCACUUUGUGCGCAAACCUUACACUCUGUAUCAUAUACACUUUGCCCCAAACCCUUUAAAAAAAAUCAAUGCUAUAAGUUAAACUCGAGCAUUCCCGGAUACGUUAGAUCUUAACAUAUUCCCAUGCUCACUAUAGAUGAUAAUAUCAUCCCGAUAAGAGCUUAGCACCGUAUAGCUUCACCGUCGAAUUUAUUUCAGUUGCGAAAUUGUGUUAUCUCGGAUACCUUAUCUGAGACUAUUGGACUCUCAUCGAUGAUUGACUGACAGAGCAACAAAAUAUUGAUUCAAACAUGGUGUUGUGACAAAGUGAAAAUGGUUAAAUAUUUUAGGAAGACUAUAUCCCUGUCGGAUUUCUGGGUGUCGUCCCACGAGCGCCUGAGUGAUUUCUACGCAUCGUCAUGGCAACGCGGAGAUUCACCGAUGCCACUGUUGGUGAUACGGAUGGUGGUAGCUAUUGUGGCGCUGGCGAUCCUCGCGUGGUCGGUGUACGAAGCCCCGGUACCGCACUGGCUGAUCUACCUGACCAAUUGGGGCUUAGUGCUGGUUUCCGCGAUGGCUGUCAGUGGCCUACUUGUGUCUUUGGGUGCCGUGAAGAAAGCGCUACCAGAUGAAGGCAUACUACCGUGGUACGUGUCAAUGUACUGGUUGUUCUACAACAUAUCUGGCACUGUAGCUAUAGUGAUCACUCUGCUGUAUUGGAUACUACUGUUUGAUUCAAGCAUGGCUGAGGUUAAAGACCGCAUGUUCUGGUUGGAGACGGUAACGCAUGGGUUCAACACGAUCCUGGUUCUGAUAGAGUUGUUUGCCUCUCGCACGCCGCUUCGCUUCGCUCACAUCUACCAGCCCCUCGGCGUGGGCGUGUGGUAUGCCGUGUUUUCUGUGAUAUACUAUGUCGCCGGGGGUACUGAUGGGCUAGGGAACCCGUUUAUUUACGAGAUCCUGAACUGGAGCCGCCCAGGCCCCACAACUGUGCUAGUGGUGGCUGCUUCAGUAGGUCUGAUCAUUGUGUACUCAUUGCUGUGGGGCAUCACUAUAGCUCGAGACAAGCUAACUGGAGUGCUCAUCCGGACUACCAGCCAUAACCUUCCAUUUACACCUCCCGAUUUCAGUGGAUAUGUCUAACCUCUGACUCCAAAAUGUUUUCCGUCGGAAAGACUAAUGCAUCAUUUAAACCAAACAACUUCUCUGUUGCUCGCGUUGAUAGACAGUGGAAAAAGCAGUAUAUAUUUUUUUCAUAGAAUUAUCAUCAUGACUUUUGCGUGCCAUGUGAGUUUACAGAUACAUGGAUAUAUUAUUGUGUCCACAUUUAUGUCGCAAUAUGUAAUGACAAAAUGAGUAGGUAAGAUAUGAUACCGGCGUUUCACGUCGGUACGGUGGUGGUGAAACCAGCAACAUAUUUCGAUGCUGAGGAUGGUCAUUGUUAUUACAAAACGUACCUACAUUAAAAUGUUCUGUGUAACAUUUUCCUAAGUCUAAAUAACAUAAAAUGUUAUUACAUUUUUAUAUUGACUUAAAACUGUUUCGUAUGAAAUAUCCAGAAUUUUGUCAUUUUUAAAAGCUCUGUUUUCGCGAACGACUAAUCGUAAGAAGCUUGAGAUUUCUAACAAAGCUCAUACGAUUUUGUUUCCAAGUCAGGUGGUUAUAUUUUCGCUAGCAUAUUAUACUAAACAUGAGCGCUAAUAUUAAUCAGUAACGGGCAAAAAUCGAUUACGGUAUUUUUAUUAUUGUUUUCAUUAUAAUCGCACACUUUUCAAUUGUGUAUCAGAGAAGGCAGAUAUGAGACGGCAUCUAUGAUAAAAAUACAAAUAUGUAUGGUUAGGUACUUAAUAGAAUUUUUUAAAUGACGUGUUUUAGCAAUGUAAUAGUAAAUCGCACUUAACACAGUACUUAUAGAGUGUUUGGGUAAUGAUAUUUCCGAAAAGGUAUGUUUACUGACUGCGGCUGUGGCAGGGUUAAGAUCAUUUUGCCCUGCAGGUAUUUAAUUGUAUAUGUACUCUAUCUCAUGUUGGGUUCUGGAAAAAAGAACCUGCAAAGAGAUUCUUAAGACUAAUCCCAGAGGAAAAAAGCUUCAGAGUUGUCUUCUUAAGUCCUACAUCAUCUGCAUUAAUUAUUCUAUUGUUAGAUGGUCAUCAUCAUCAGUUUCAUCCUGUAUAGAUCAUGUCAUUCACGAAGAUGCGUGCCUUGACUCGUAAUGUCAUAUUAAUAAGUGUUAGAUUUGACAAAUCUGCGCGUCAUCGUGGAUGACACGUUGCCUAAAACUGCAUACGAGUAUACUGACGUGAAUUCCAGAUAAAGUUACGAGGAGCAUUUCUAAAGCUUUGUUCCUCUAUACCAUAUAUGUAGUUGCAAAUAUUUUAAAACAAUUUUAGUGCAGCUUGUUGCGUUUGGAUUAGAUUUACUUGACAAAUAAAUAAACAUUCCGUAUAUUUAAAUUAUACUGUAAUGUUUAGAAUAUGUACUUAAUAUAUUUUUGUAAAUAUUUUACUUAAGUUUAUUUUUAUUACUAGGUUACUGUAAAUAUACUACUAGUAAAUACAUUUUUAUUAAAUGUUGUA